UCACGAAAAUUGAAGAUGUCUAAAUUUUUAGGGGCCAAAUCACCUUAGGCGUUCAAAUUUUCUCACCAUACCACAUAUUUUGAGAAAAUAAUAACAAUGCAGGUGUGGGAAAUUUUCAUCUUCAUAUCUAUCUGUAAUGGUGUAGACACAGACCGGGAAAGCCGUUAGAGCAAACUACAAUGAGCAGAUUUUUACAGUUCAUUUUUUGUACCAAGAUAACCUGAAUAUAUCCAAUAAAAUCUGAAAUUGGCCAUUUGUUUUUUAAUGUGAAACCAUCUGAAGCAGCGGUGCUGCUUCAAGUAAGAAUCCGGAGAUUGAAGGGUUUCACAACAAUCAGUGCAAGUGCUGGAUUGGAGAACUGGUCUUCUUUCUGAUCUGGAUUGUAAAGCAAAGAUUUUAUGUUGCUUGGGAAUGAAGAUAUGAGAACUGAUAUCGACCUUUGAUUCUUGACAAUAGAGAAUUUAUGGCAAAGAAAAAUAAGAAGGGAAAUAAGGGUGCCAAUGCAAAGCAGAAUGGCAGAAGACUGCCAGCUGCUCCUUUGGAGUCUGAUUUGUCUUCAUGUGCACCUGUAAGUGAGGAUACACCCAUGAUAGAUGCAGAUGGUACUGCUACUGAAAAACAAGGAAAAUCUAUGGAUUCUGAACGGGCACCUUGCAAACAUUUGGGUAAAGGGGUGAACUGUAGGAUUUUUGUAAGACGGAUUGAAAAUUCUCAAGUUCUGAAGUGCAAGGGGUGUGCAAAAUCAAAUGAAAGUGAUUCUAAAAAUAAAAAAGUUAAGAAAGGAAAGAGUAAGAGCUCAACAAAAAAGGGCAGGUCCAGGUCAAAUGACAUGUGGCAGCCUGAAGAUGAUUGGCCAAGAAGCACCUGGGUUUGUCUUUCAUGUGGCUUUAUAGGCUGUGGUAGCAUUCCGGACUCAUUUGAGAAGGGUGGAAACAAAGAAAAUGGACUAAAAUUAUCCAGUGAAGAGGCAAUAGACAGGGGACAUGCUUGGCAACAUUUCCUUGGUUUAAAUCAUCCAUGCGCAAUGCAGUGUGGUGAUAGGAUAUUGUUCAGGUGUUUUCUUUGCAAGUCUACUUUGCAAUAUGACUUUUCCAAGGCUAGUAACGGAAAAGAUAAGGUUAUUGAUUGUGAGGGCGAUUGGAGCCUGUCAAUAUUACAAGCCUGGAAGGCAGUUCAGGAAAAACUUGUUAAAGAAUCAAGCACUGUCAAUGGUAUUUGUAGUGUUAUGAACAAGGAAAUAAGGCAGGAGAAGAGUGGAACUGUUCUUAUAGAGGACAAAGCAGAUGGGUUAGUUUUAUGUGGCCGUGUGAUCAAAGGUUUGAUGAAUCUUGGCAAUACGUGCUUCUUCAAUUCUGUUUUGCAAAAUAUGCUUGCUUUGGAUGAGCUCCGAGAUCAUUUCACCCAACCAAAUGUAGAAUUUCUAGGACAGGUAUCUCUCUCUUUGAGAAAUCUUUACAUGGAAACCAGUUUGGAAAGGCAACAAGGUGAUAAAGCAAAAGAAUUGGAUUCCUGCUUGUUGAAUGCAAACACUAAGAAGGGCAGGAGAAGCAGGAUGCCUCCUACUAGUGGUAAGGGAGUCAUCAGCCCAGGUUCUCUUUUCAAUGCUAUUUGUGCUAAGGCUCCUCGUUUCAGGGGAUUCCAACAACAAGAUAGCCAUGAAUUGUUGAAGUACUUGUUGGACAGCCUAAAGACAGAGGAAUCAAAUGAAAGUAAGCUUCAACGCAAACAGCUGAAUAAAUCUCCAGGUGAAAGUGAUAAUGAGCAGUUAUCUAGCAGACAGUUCCGGACGCAUAUGCAUACAAAUGAGAGGAAUAGCCAUUCGGAUACAUUGACAUUGGUAGAUAGUAUCUUUGGUGGUCAGCUUUCCAGCACUGUUCGAUGCUGUGUAUGUGGCUUUUCUUCUGUCAUGCAUGAGCCAUUUCUUGAUCUGUCUUUACCUAUUCCAAGAAAUGAAAUGCCUAAGAGGUCUUCAAUCCGAGGGCAGAAUAAGUUUGCUUCAGCAUCAACAUUAGAGAAGUGUUCACCAAAGAAACAGUUGCAAAAGGAUGCUAGUAAGGAGAGGAAAAAACAAGGAAAGAAAAGUCAGGUUUCCCCAAUGACAAAAUCAGAAGCAAAAGAAAUGAUAGUUUGCUCUGGGAAGUUUUCAUCUGCUGCUUCUGUUGAAAAUAUAAUUCCUGAUACUCCAAAUGGACCUACAACAAGAGGAGAUCCUGAACAGCUUAAUUGCUUGCUUCCUCUUAAACAAUCUGCUGAAGGUCCAUGUCAGAGUACUUUUGAUCUAUCAGAAACCAUGGAGCGAAUUGAGGAGAGUGAUGUAAAAAGCAUUGAUUGUAAUUGCAAUGGAAUUCUACUUGAUAACUCUGAAACGAUAUCUGUAAAACAAACUUCUAACAAUAUAUCCAUUUGCCAGAAUGGACAUAAUGUAGAUGAGAAUACAAUAUUUUCCCCGUCAGAGAAUGCAAUGGUCAUGCAAUCACAUUCUGAUUGCCAGGAUAGAUCUGCAAUCUAUAACAAUGAAAAGAAUGGCGAGUUUGAAGAAGAGGAUAAGCCUUUCCUAGUUGCUGACAAAGAUUUUUAUAAUGGUCUUAAUGCAGGAGAAGGAGUAGGGGUUGGAACUACAAAUGAUAGUGAAUUGUUCACUCGAUCGAACACCAGCAAAGACUGUCACAAGCACUUCGAUGUGAAGUCUGUACUGGCUAUGGACUCCGAGCAUGUUCCUAUGGAGUGUGAUGGGAUUGAACUGGUCGAUCAAGAUACACCAUCUAGUGAAAAACAACAAGAAGAAAAAUGUGAAGUUGAGAACAAUAUAUGUCAGGAAAAUGGAAGACAAGAUAUAUGUGAGGCAGAAACUAAUGCUGCUACGGAGAGAAGUAACAUGAUAAGCACAGAAGUGUUUUCAAAUGCAAUUGUUCCAAUGUCUAUUGAUGGGUGUUUUACUUCAUUCACAAGACCAGAACUUCUUUCAGGAGACAAUGCAUGGGAGUGUGAUGGAUGCUCUGCACGGUUUGGAAAUGAAAGUUCAAAUGACAAAACAGCAAGGUUGGAGGAUGCAAUUAACAUGAAGUUCUCUGCAGCCUUGGACUUUGAAGGUGGACAGGACAAGACAAUCCACAAAAGAGGGACACACAUUGAAAAUGAUAAAAAUCCUUCUCAAUCAUGUGCCAAGGAAGAUAAGGAGUUUGAUGGAACUAAAAAACUCUCAAGUUUGAAUGAUCAAGGUAGUGGACAGUUAUCCAGUCCACAAAAACAACAAAUGGGCACAGUAGAUUUUGGCAGCUGUGACAUAGUGCAAGAAAAUGAAAUAAAUUUCCGACCUAAAAGGGUUGCUACUAGAAGUUCCUUGCGAAUGGCUGAAAGAAUCUUUAAAGAAUCAGGAGAUCUCAAGGAGGAUUUUGCAAAAGUUGAUGUUCAUCAACAAAAAGGCUUUAGAUCAUGUGGAAGAAAGCAAAAGAUGGAGAAUAUUGAUGCUAUGGGGACAAAUCUUGAACCUAAGCGAGUGAAGCGGGAUGCUACUAAACAAUAUCUCAUCAGCAAGGCUCCAAAUGUCUUGAUCGUGCACUUAAAGAGAUUUACGCAAGAUUUGCGGGGCCGUUUAAGCAAAUUGAGUGGUCAUGUUACAUUCCAAGACAAGCUUGAUUUAAGCCCUUAUCUGGAUCCCAAGUGUACAGAAAGAGAAAGCUCCAUAUAUAGCUUGACUGGAGUUGUGGAACAUUUGGGCAGUAUGAAAGGUGGUCACUAUGUUGCUUAUGUGAGAGGUCCUCAAGAAGAAAAGCAACAAGAUAUUGCCAAUGAUGAUUGUACAGGCCAAAGUAGAUGGUAUUACAUCAGUGAUGCGCAUGUGAGCAAGUCAUCUUUGUUAGAUGUUCUUGGAAGUGAAGCGUACUUGUUGUUUUAUCAGAAAUUCUAGCAUUGAAAUUAAUGAUUUUUAUGCCUGAUGUUUGGCAUGCUAUUUUUUAUUCUUAGGUUUGUUGCUGCACCUCCAAAUGGAGAAAGCAGUUAACAAACAGGUUUAAAGAAAAGUGUAAUUUUGUUCGAUUGAGAGGCACAUAAAUCUUGUUCUGAAAUCUGCUCUUUUUCCCUGUGGUUCCAAUUCACUACUACAACUUUUUGCAAGAUCACUUCUAUGUGUGCAUUUAUACAAAAGUGAAAGUGCUGGAAUGUUGGAAAAACAGAUUAUCAAGUUAUUAACACAGUGAGGUCUUAUGUCUGCCGAGUGCACUUUCAAGUGGGUUGUUGGGAAGAUGGAAUUUGAGCCUAGUGAGUUUUUUAUGCCUGAAGAAUGCAUUUUCAAAAAUCAAACCUCAGAAGAGCAGUUUUGGAUUGUACCUAUAAAUGUAACGGCUGAGCAAUACCUGGAUGAGUUAUUUAGUACUUAUAUCAACGAGCAAAAGAUUUAUGGAAUUUAUUCUUCGCAUGAAAAAUAUAGAAUUGAGUCAAUUUUAAGAUCA